UUUACUUUAAAGAAAAUCGCGUAAACAUAGUUAAAAAGCUCUCAUUUUUCAACCAAAUCCAAUCCCUAAACUGCGCCUCUCCCAAUUUCUUCUUGGUACUCUUUGUUAGUUCGUCACAUGAUAGGCUCUUUUGUCUCGGUUUACUUACGAUGGUAGAUUAUGAGAUGAUUCCAAGUUUAGGGUUCAUUGAACAAAGACAGCGGCGGUGGUUUAUGGUUUUAGCAGAGCAAAAAAAAAAAAAGGAGGAAGUAGGUAGGCAUGGUGAAGCUCACGGCCGACUUGAUUUGGAAGUGUCCUCACUUCUUCAAUGCCCUCAAGGAGCGAGAAUUGGAUCUUCGAGGUAACAAAAUUGCUGUAAUCGAAAACUUGGGUGCUACCGAGGUUGGAGAUGAUUGGCGACAAGAUGUUCUUGCUCUUCAAGUGAUAGCUCUUCUAAGAGACAUAUUUACAGCUGUUGGGCUUAAUCUCUAUUUAUUUCCCUAUGGUGUUCUCCCAACUGGUCCAGAGAGAGGUAUUAUUGAGAUCAUUGAGUCCCUUUCAGCUGUUCCAUCCCCUGAACUUGCAUUAAGGUUGUACCUGCAAUGUGCUGAGGCAGCUAAUGGCUGUGAUAUUGAGCAUGUUGCGUAUGAAUUUUUCACACAAACGUUUGUAUUAUAUGAAGAAGAAAUUGCGGACUCUAAAGCCCAAGUGACUGCAAUUCAUCUGAUAAUUGGGACUCUCUAGAGGAUGAAUGUAUUUGGUGUUGAGAACAAAGAUACUUUGACACACAAAGCCACAGGAGUAAUAUUGCUUCCUCUUCUCUGAUUCAUUGUACUUCAUUGAACUGUUUAUACAAAACUUAAAUAUGUGUUACUUUGGUCAGUAUUCAGCUCGGCUAUUGAAGAAGGCUGAUCAGUGCAGAGCUGUUUACGCAUGUUCCCAUCUAUUUUGGGUUGAUGAUCAGGAUGGCAUAAAGGACGGGGAGAGGUCUGGACUCAAAACUUGUCCCUUGGUUUAGAUUUUUUUUCAUGUAAACAUUAAAUUCGAUUCCGUUAAACUGUAAAUUGUUGUGUCAUGUAAAGAAGUAAUGCAUGGCAGUUAGAGAUGUAAAUAGGUGUUUAUUCUGGAUUUGGAUUUCAUACUUGCUUGAUUAUAUCUUUUAUUAAACUGUAAAUUAUUGAGUCAUGUAAAUUGUAUUAUAUCUUUUAUUACCAAGAUUUACUUGAUUAAGAAAA